CACCAUGCACGCCUGUGCAGGGUAUGGGACUGGAAACUCGCAUCUGGUUAAUCUGCGCGCCUUUCCCCCCUCUCUCUAAGGUCCCUUUAGGGAAUCGACAUCAACAUGGUCAUCCCCCAUAGUGGGUGUGCGCCACAGGUAGCGCGAAAUCGAACCACACCACCGCGAUCCCCGGAAGCCGGGGCCUGGAGGCAACCGUCCAAAUUCGUCGGCCAUGAGCGGCGCGAGGGAUUGCUCGCCGACGGGCGUGCGGCCGGUGGCACGGCGGGCCCAGUCACCCGCCAGCGGCGACCCAUCGUCGGAGAUGCAGGGCAACGUGACCGUGGGUCACGGAGGUGACCACUGGCUCCGGCAGUCCAUCACCAUCAAGAGCAAGGUGCGAGCCACAGUCGCCAGUGUCAGCACGUUCAGGGUCCGGUGCAAUAUGGUGGAGAGUUCGGGCAGCGCCAAGACGGUGGUGACCUGCACCUCGGAGAGGGGCAGCUCCACUCGGUCCGUGGUGCAGCAGAGGAGCACCACCAGUGGCGGCCACCCCGAGGUGGUGCGUGCCGCGACGUUCUCCCGCGAGAUGACCAACGGCACCAUGGAGACUAUCAACACCUACGAGGACAGCCGUACCGGUGUUCGGCAGCUGAGUGUGGGGCGCCACAUCGGGGACCGGUCGCAUGUGAGCGAGAAGAGCCGCAACGAGUUCACGGGCGUGGAGGAGAAGACCGAGCGGCUGGUCAACAUCCCGUACGAAGAGCUCGGCGGCUUCGAGAGCGAGUGGCGGCAGCGGACGGCGCGCAACUGAACCGUGGCAACGAGUCCGGUGCCCGUAGGACCCCUGGCCGCGACUCGACUGCGAUUGGCCGUCUUCGGCUUAGGCUCCACUCGCGGCGCAGAUUGAGGCCCACGCACAGCCGCUGGCUGAGAGAUGUGCCGCGAAAUUCCGUGCGCUUUGCGCUUGUGCGUCCCUAUUAAAACGAAACAACGAAGACUUGAAGGCGAUUCAACUUGUAGCAGAAGUCGACGAUGUCUUCCUGAGCGAGUUGGGGAGACGGCGUCGCUGCGCACGGCACCACUCUACCUCGUCACCCCACGCGUGAGG